AAAAUAGUAAAGUAAGGGAAAUUGUUGGAGGAAGAAAUAAUCUUAUUAAAGGUUCACAAGAUGAAAUUGAUGAUAUUACAUUAAGUGAAAAUGAAUUAAUGCAUUCACUACAAUCAGAAAACCAAAUAUUGAGUCAACAAUAUAUACAUGUUAAUAAAGAAGCUGAUGCAUCCCAAGAAAAAUUUCACACCAAGUCAUUUAAGAUGACAAAAAUUAAAAAUAAAGAAAAAAUAGAGAGAUUGGAAUCAACUGAGGAACAAUUAGGACAAGCAGAGAAACAUAUGGAUAUAUCAAAAAGCAUUGCUCAUAAAUAUUGGUCUGGUGUUAAGUCUCAAACUUUACAAGGAUCACAAUCUAGUGAAAAUAAUGUUCAUGAAUCUUUUUUUCUCAAAAAGGCUAAUUUAAAAAUAGAGAUUAAUAAACUUUGUGAGCAAGUAUAG